ACGGUAGUUGCUCAAAGUGAAAGCAGCAGAAAACUGUAAACGUUAGAGAGAGCGGUAGAAUGGGAUUUUUCGGCACCAGCGGGAACAUCAACUCCACUCUUCCAGAGAUAAAACUAUACUCCUGGAGACAAAUGGUUUGUUGGAUCGUAGACAGUACCUGGAAAAAACUUCAGAGUCCGUUGUUCACAGCAGGAGUAGUGACAUUAUUGUUGAGUUCAUUGUUUAUCAGAAGACCUAACACAUGGAUACAAUAUUUUCUACGGUGGCCAUUUAUGAUAAAAAACAGAAAGAACAUUGGAAUUGGUCCUUUAACUGAUCUUUUGGAAUAUGGAGGAAUUGAAUGGAAGGGAGGUACUGCCCAAGCUGAACAAAUGAGAAAGGCUUAUGAAGAUAUUUAUUGGGUGCACAACAUCAAACACUUACGGAAAAUUAGAGGAGACAACUACUGUGCAUUGAGGGCAGUUUUAUUUCAGAUUCUCAGCCAGGGUUUACCUCUUCCAUCAUGGAUAAGAGAACAGGAUGUAACUAAGAUUCCUGAAAAGGUGUUUACACAAGGCUGCAACUGGGUACAGCAGUACAGUUUUGGUCCUGAGAAAUACACUGGGAAUAAUGUAUUUGGAAAAUUACGCAAAUAUCUGGAAUUCCUUAAAGUGCAGUGGAUCAACAUUCAUGGAAUUAAAGACCAAGGGAAAAGAAUAGAAAUAUGUAUGAAAUUAUUCAGUGACCAGGAGAAUGAAUACAAGAUAUUUGAAGCCAUAAAAUUUCUUAUGUUGUACGUUGUGGUUCAGCUUUAUGACGACAUGAAAAAUGGAAAAGAUGUUCCCAACUUUUGUUUUAUUUUCUUUGCUCGUGAUUCUUCACCUGAUCCUUUAAGUUUCAUGUUGAACCACCUCAACUGUGUUGGUGACACAGGUGGGCUGGAGCAGAUUGAAAUGUUUCUCCUUGGAUUCACACUCCAUUUGAAAAUCAGAACCUUCAGACUGUAUAAGUACGGCACUGAAGAAUUUCAAUCUUGUUAUCCUGUAAGCUGCCAUAGGGAAUGGCAUGAAGUUCUUCUUCUGACGGAGGAUGACCGGCAUUAUAAUGUUCCUAUUGCCUGGAGCUGAAUUAUGUUAGUGUGAUUUGGAGGAAACAUUUUGUCUCCAGUGUAAAUGUCUCGGAUAUUUAUAUUGGCUUCAUGUUAUGAUGCAUAGAAACCUUGUAGCAGCCAAGUUUUAUUUAAAUUUGUAUUGGAACAGUUUUUUGGAUUAAUUUGUUAGUUUGUCAAAUGCUACAAGCCCAAAGGUGCCCUGUAAGAUGCAAAUCUUGAUCUAAGUAAUGAAAUACUCAAACUAGUGAACAAAAAAAACACUUUUAUAAAGACUGAACCAAUUGAAGUCUUAAAUCUCUCUUGCUGCCAUUUUUGUCCACUAAUAGCUACUUCAGUGUUUUAUGCAGCUCCACCAAUAUUUUAUCCAUGUAGGCUGAGGCCCACACCUUGUGAAGAGCCUGACUGUGAAGGUUGAAAUCAGGUGUACUUCCUCCAUGGAUCUCUGGAGACAUCAGAGGUGGUGCCAAGUCAUAUUUGCCUUGUUUCCCUCUCCCUGCCCUCUCAAAUCAAGCCACUACUCAUGUCACCAGGACUUAGCAGUUUUUUUUCUAAUUUUAGAAUUCGAAUCCCUACAGUGUGGAAAAAGGCCCAACAAGUCCACACCGACCCUCUGAACAGUAUCUCACUCAGUCUCAUUACCCUACAUUUUCCCCUGACUAAUGUAAUGUGCAAACUCCACACAGACAGUCGCCCAAGGCUGGAAUCAAACCCAGGUCCCUGGCGCUGUGUGGCAGCAGUGCUAACCACUGAGCCACUGUGCUGCCCCUCUGCCAAGGCAAAACUGAAAUGUCCCUCUGAGCUUGGGCUCUUCUUUGUUGAUGCUGGCUCUAGCUGUAGCAGUUAUCACUGCUCCUGCCUGGUGCUACUGGUACUAGAGUUUGCUAGCCAAUCAGAUGAAAUGGAUCAAUUUUCCAAAGUGGGAUUUCAUCGGAGAUCAGUUAAAUUGAUCCAGCGAACCAGCCAGGAUUGUGGGCAUGUUUGCUCCCAACUCAUUGGCUAGGGAUCAGAAAUCAUAGCACCCUAAAAUAUCUGAAUUAUUCCAACUUUUUAGUAGCCCACCUAACGUCAUUACCAUAAGCAGUGAUUCAAGGAGAAGGCCUAUCACUUUCUUUAGGAAGAUUAGGAAUGGGCAAUAAGAGAGGUCUUGUUAGCAUUUUUAUUUGAGCAAAAGAAUCCCUGUGGUAUUCACUGGGAUGUAUCUUCCUGCUUCCAUGUGAUAACGCACUUCUAAAGUUGAUCAUUAAUUUCAGUAAAAUGCAUUCAAAAUUCUCAGUUUAAUAUUUCAUUCAGUACUUUGCGUUUCAAAUUACCUAGCAUUCCCAGUAACGCAUUGAGAUCUUGUCUUCUACACAUUCUGUUCUAGAUCCCUUUAUAUGCAUCCUGAACAAAUGUAUUUAUCCCUCUGAAUAGGGUACAACCACUAGGACAAACUAAAUUCCAAAAGCAUGUUUUUUUUGGAUGUAAGGGUUUUCUGGUCCAUGACCUGAAGCAUUGGGAGGAAGCAGUUUCCCACUGACCACAGUCUUGAAACUAUUUAAGGCUCUAAGGAGCAUUAAUUGAGAUAGGCUGAAUGGCCCACCUUUGCUCUUAAUAUUGAUGCUCUCGAGAAAGCUAAAAAGGGGCAAUAAAAGUGGCCGUGAAUUCCUGGACUCUAAGACAAAGGUAAGUGCUCAGGUAUUGCAAUAGGUAUCAGUGGUGAAGUUUGGUUCAAGGAAAGGGGGAAAAGAGGGAUGGGAGGUCUUGAUGGAUUGGCUGGGGGAUGAAGCAUCCGUGGAAACAGAUCUUUUAGGGCAUCCAAUAUUAAAACAGCCCCUUAAUUCAAGACCCAGACAGACUGACCUAUAGGUCAACCUUAUAUCCCUGAACUUAUCCUCCUGGGGCCAGAAAAUUGAGGUGAACCAGGAAGCAAGCCCACUUGGAGUGAGAAUGGAUGAAUCUUAACUAAUCUGUCCCCACGUGUAAAAUUGUGGACAGGUUUGAAGCAUGCAUGAGGGCCAAUCAUGGAAUUUUUGGUUUCCUCCCCGCUACAAACCUGUCAGUAAGGGCUUAUAAAAUCAUGCCCUAGUUUGUGGUGCCAUUGAUCUGAUCAGCUCAAGAGCCAUGGCAACCACGUUAUAUUUUCCUUCUGUGUUAAAUAUUAACACCAACAAUCCUUUACCAAUGAGGCAUUGCUUAUUUGUUUUACAUCAUACUUGAUUGUGGUUUGAUACACAAAAUACUGAAAUAAAUAAUUUGGUGCUUUGAUGAAAUGACUGCACAUAAAGCAGUAUUUCAUUCAUGGUAAGGCUCUUUGUUUGAGUGACAUUGUAAAAAUGCUAUUUUUUUUCUUUAUGGUGACUGGUGCACUUGUUUCUUACUGUUUUCUGUCCUCUUCACAACCCAUCUGAAACAUUGUCCCUCCUAAGAGAAAAAAAGGUUAUAUUAUUUUAUUACUUGGAUGCAUCUUUUAGGUAACCUAUUCUUUACUGAGUGUCCUGAUAUUGGUACCAGUGAAAACCUCAGCUUUCAGGGUUUUAUUUUUGUUUUUUUGUGGCAACUUGGAGUUUGUUGUUUCUGCAGCUGAUUUUCCAUAUUUGUGUCUGAAUUAAUUUAGCUACAGGGGUUAGAGGCAUUUAUAUAAUAUAUGAACAUUUAGGUGAUGACAUAUUAUGAACAAAUAGACAAAAAAGAUAUUUCUAAAAAGAUUAGUUUGAUACCUGUAUUAUGUAAAACUUAUUUCCAUUUAUUUCUCCAUUUUCUUUCACUUAUUUCUAGAAAUAUGCACUGGGGACUUGAACAUCAAUCAUUUAUGUAUGUGAUACUUCUGUAUAGUUUGUUCACAAAAGUUUAUGCUUCUAAUAAUGAAAAUUGUUUACUAUUUUUAAUAUUAACUUCAAAUUGGGAAAGAUUAAGCAUUCUACAAACAUAUUACUUUUUAUUUCUUAAUGGGGAUAGUCAUUUUGAGUGAAUUUUGUAGAUAAGCUUGUUACUAAGAUAAAGCUUAGCAAUAAAUAUAAAACUGUAUAAUUGCAUUAUUUUAAAAAUUGAUUUUAAAAUUGUAUUCAAUUUUUCAUGGCAAAUACAG